AAGAGCGACGGAGGGCAGUGCAGGGAAGACAAACCGCCAAGGCGGCGCACAUUAGCUCCCAAGCACCGAGCUUCCCGUGGAUUGUCAAUUGCAGCGAUCAGCAAAGGAGAGAACCUCCGGCGAAUCCACCGGCGUGUCUCCGAUCAACUCCUCCAUUUGUAACACACACAUACCGGAAUACGUACACGCGCAUUUAUGCACAAUCGUCAAUCGGACAUUAACAGAGAGACGGAGACACAGAGGUAGGAGUUGAAAGAGGGGAAUAUGUGGGUGUUCUAUCUGAUCUCGCUUCCUCUGACCCUAGGGAUGGUGUUAUUGACUCUCAAGUACUUUGCUGGUCCCGACGUGCCUAGAUACGUCUUCUUUACCGUCGGAUACGCUUGGUUUUGCUCCAUCUCCGUCAUUGUUCUAGUGCCCGCCGAUAUUUGGACGACAAUAGUUGGACAAGGUAAUGGAGGCAUCUCAUUCUUUUGGAGUUGGUCAUAUUGGAGUACGUUUCUACUCACAUGGCUUGUGGUUCCACUUAUCCAGGGUUUUGAAGAUGCUGGAGACUUUUCUGUAGUAGAAAGGCUAAGGACGAGCAUACAUGUAAAUUUGGUGUUCUAUUUAAUUGUGGGAUCCAUUGGUCUUUUUGGGCUUGUUCUUCUCAUUAUCAUGAGGAUGCGGAAAAGUUGGAGUGGAGGUCUACUAGGUUUUGCUAUGGCUUGCUCCAACACCUUUGGACUGGUGACUGGUGCUUUUCUUCUUGGUUUUGGUUUGAUUGAGAUUCCAAAAGGCAUUUGGAUAAAUGCUGAUUGGACCACUCGACGGAAGGUGCUUUCACAUAAAAUUGCCAAAAUGGCAGUGAAACUUGAUGAUGCUCACCAAGAAUUAUCAAAUGCCAUAGUUGUUGCUCAAGCAACAUCGAAACAGAUGUCUAGACGCGAUCCAUUGAGGCCUUGUAUGGAUGUCAUUGACAAUAUGAUAGCUCAACUGUUCCUAGAAGACCCAUCGUUCAAACCUCAAGGAGGCCGAUUGGGUGAAAAUGACAUGGACUAUGAUACAGAUGAGAAGUCAAUGGCUACUCUUAGGCGCCAUCUUCGUAUAGCUCGUGAGGAGUACUAUAGAUACAAAAGUGAGUAUCGGACAUAUGUCACUGAGGCUCUUGAAUUGGAAGAUACAAUAAAGAAUUAUGAACGCCGAGAUGCAACUGGAUGGAAAUUUGUGUCUAGCUUGAGACCUGAACGGACUGGGACACUAGGAUCCUUUUUGGAUACAACAGAAUUGAUUUGGAGAUGUAUUCUUCGCAAGCAAUUGGAGAAAGUGUCAAGUGUCAUGCUUGGUUGCAUGUCAGCUGCAAUUCUUUUAGCCGAGGCAACUUUGUUGCCCAGAGGAGUUGAUUUAUCAAUAUUUUCUAUUCUCAUAAAAUCCGUCGGUAACCGAGAAGUUCUUGUUCAGGUGUUUGCUUUUGUUCCACUGAUGUACAUGUGUCUGUGCACAUACUAUUCGUUGUUCAAAGCGGGGAUGCUGAUGUUCUACUCUUUGACACCAAGGCAAACAAGUGCAGUGGGUUUGCUUAUGAUUUGCUCGAUGGUUGCUCGCUAUGCACCUCCGAUUUCUUACAAUUUUCUUAACCUCAUCAGUCUUGAUGGUGGCAAGAAAACUAUUUUUGAGAAGCGAAUGGGGAACAUUGAUGAUGCAGUACCUUUCUUUGGGAAAGGAUUUAACAGAAUUUAUCCUCUUAUUAUGGUUAUAUACACAUUGCUGGUGGCCAGCAAUUUCUUUGACCGAAUCAUCAACUUUUUUGGGAACUGGAGGAUAUUCAGAUUCCACCAUUCUGAAGCAGAGGACCUGGAUGGCUUUGAUCCGUCAGGAUUACUCAUCUUGCAGAAGGAGAGAACCUGGCUGGAAGAAGGAAGAAAUAUUGGCGAACAUGUUCUACCCUUGGCCAGGAAUUUCAAUGGCACAAGCAAUUAUUUGGAGUCGGGAGGGAAUGUCAAUGACAUGAGUGAUGUUGAGAUGAAGAAGACAUCUGAUUCAAACAAAGAGGAUUUAAAGGGAAGCUCUUCAAGAGUUGCAAAACCCGAAGUCCGGAGAUACUCCUCAGGGAGCAAGGAAGCCAUCGCCAACAAGUAUGCAUCCCUCAAGGAACAGAGCAACCCCUCUACUAAGAUCUCCCUGCUCGACAAUGGGCCUCCCGAGCCCAGUGGAAAAGGCCCAUCCGGGCUGGCAGCUCGGUGGGCCUCGAUGAAGGCGGGCCUCCAGAACUUCAAGACGAACAUUGAAGCAAAGAGAUUCGCUCCGUUACGCCAGGUCAGCGACUUCAUCCCGCUGCGUCAGUCCCAAGACCCCGCCCCCACCCGCGUGUCCGAGUCCCUCGACGAGAUCUUCCAAAAGUUGAAGCGGCCCCCGGCCAGACGCGAGAUUCACGACGAGGAGGACGAGGACCGCGUGGGUGGCAGAAAACCGGGUCCCGGGAGGUGAUUCAGCAAUAAUGUACAUACCAAGAUAUGAUUAGCAGUCGGACAAGGUCAAAGGUAUCCUGUAAUGUUUGUUGUAUAGACAAGAUUUUCCACACAUAUAAAUGAAAUCCCCCUUUUUGACACACAAAAAAAGAAGGGAAAAUGCUACUUUAACCCAGGGAUGACACCAAGGUUGACACUAUUGCAUAGAUAAUGGUUGUCUAUAAGAAAUCAAUUGCUGUUUACGGUGUCAUUCUUGGUGUCAUCCGUGAUGUGACCGUAGCAUGACCCCAGUCCCCAGGGAAAUUGUUAUCAACAAAUAUCAUAUCUUUUUAUAUAAAGUAAGAUGUUAAUUCAAAAGCAACUGAUACUCUCCAUGUCAACCCAACCAAGACAGGUGUCGUUCUUCUUGGGAAUUACUGCCCCAUUUAUGUAUUCUUUUGGAGUACGGAGUAUUUUUUACUAGAAUAUAUAAAUUUUACUGGG